AUGUUUAGCCCACACGUGCUGGACGUGCCGGCCGUGGUGGUGGACAAUGGGUCCGGGCUCUGCAAGGCGGGCCUGUCCGGGGAGAUCGGGCCCCGCCACAUCGUCAGCUCCGUGGUGGGGCACCCCAAGUUCCCGGCGGCCCCGGCGGGGGCGGGGGCCGGCCGGAAGCAGUGCUUCGUGGGCGAGGCCGCCCUGCAGCGGAGGGAGGCGCUGAGCCUGCGCUGCCCCAUCGAGCGCGGCCUGAUCGUGAGCUGGGAGGACAUGGAGGAGCUGUGGCAGCACCUGUUUGAGUGGGAGCUGGGCGUGCGGGCCAGCGAGCGGCCGGUGCUCAUGACCGAGCCCCCGCUGAACCCCCGGGCGGCCCGGGAGCGCACGGCCGCCGUCAUGUUCGAGGCCUUCCAGGUGCCCGCCUUCUACCUGUCGGACCAGGCCGUGCUGGCGCUGUACGCCUCGGCCUGCGUCACCGGGCUGGUGGUGGACGGCGGGGACGGCCUCACCCGCGCUGUGCCCGUGUUCGAGGGCUACUCGCUGCCGCACGCCGUGGGCAGGCUGCCGGUGGCCGGCCGCGACCUCACGGAGCUGCUGGCGCGGCUGCUGCGGGCGGGCGGGCGCGGCUUCCCGUGCGCGCUGCGGCGGGCGCUGGUGGAGGACGUGAAGGAGAAGCUGUGCUACGUGGCGCUGGAGCCGGAGCGCGAGUUGGCGCGGCGCCUGGCGGACGUGCAGCGGGAGUACACGCUGCCGGACGGCCAGGUGCUGCGCCUGGGCGACCAGCUCUUCCAGGCGCCCGAGGCCCUGUUCGCGCCCGCGCCGCUGGGCGUGCAGGGCCCCGGCCUGCCCGGCCUGGUCGCCGGCAGCAUCGCCAAGUGCGACGCGGACAUCCAGGCCACGCUGUACGGCGAGAUCGUGCUGUCGGGGGGCAGCACGCUGUUCCCGGGCCUGGACGACCGGCUGCUGCUGGAGCUGGAGCAGCGGGCCGCCCGGGGCACCCCCAUCAAGAUCACCGCGCCCCCCGACCGCUGGUUCUCCACCUGGAUCGGCGCCUCCGUAGUCACCUCGCUCAGCAGCUUCAGGCAGAUGUGGGUCACGGCCGCCGACUUCCAGGAGUUCGGGGCCUCGGUGGUCCAGAGGCGGUGCUUCUGA